GGAGGGCGGAGCCGUGAAGCUCUGGGAUCAGGAGAUGAAGCGAUGCCGAGCCUUCCAGCUGGAGACCGGGCAGCAGGUGGAGUGCGUGCGGUCGGUCUGCAGAGGCAAGGGUAAGAUCCUGGUGGGGACGAAAGACGGCGAAAUCAUCGAGGUCGGGGAGAAGAACGCGGCGUCCAACCUGCUGCUGGACAGUCACGCUCGGGGGGGAAUCUGGGGUCUGGGCGCUCAUCCGGCCAAAGAUCUCUGCAUCACAGCGAGCGACGACGCCACCAUCCGCCUGUGGGACCUCGCCGACAAGAAACUGCUGAACAAAGUGUGCGUCGGCCACGCGGCUCGCUGCGUCAGCUACAGCGCAGACGGAGAGAUGCUGGCGGUGGGGAUGAAGAACGGCGAGUUCCUCCUCCUCCUCUCCAAUUCGCUGAAGAUGUGGGCGAAGAAGCGAGACCGCAGCGCCACCGUCCAGGACAUCCGCUUCAGUCCCGACCGGCGGCUGUUGGCGGUCGGCUCCGUGGAGAACACGGUGGACGUGUACGACGUGAGCGCCGGGCCGGCGCUGAACCGGCUGGUUUACUGCAGCGACAUCCCCGCCUUCGUCCUGCAGCUCGACUUCUCUGCUGACAGCUGCUACGUACAGGUGUCAUCGGGAGCUUAUAAGCGGCAGGGCUCAGUGGGAACCUUCCUGAUGGAUCACAUGACUCAGAGGAUCCAUCAGCUGGUAUCUGACCAAAACCCACAGGAUGACCUUGUUGGACGGUUUCUGCCACCUGCUGUUACCCAUAAGGCCUUGCGUUGGGUCGUCGCUGUGGUGGAGAUGAAUUAA